AAAAAAAACAGUACAGAGUUGUUCAGAAUCGUUUUAUGUAAAAUUUAUUUCGAAACAUUUUGUUGAUAAUUUUUAAUUUAACACCAUGAAAUUUGGCGCUUUGCUGGUUUCAGCAGCAUUAAUCUGCAUUAUUUUACAGGUCAAAGCCGCUUGUAUAUGCAAUGAGAAGGGUACAGAUUACUGUGAGGGCUGCAAUUCACGACGAAUUGUGCGUCCUAAACAUAAAAACUAUGAUAGCAGCACUGAUUUGGAUUUGCCACCAAUUGGUGAUACCUGUUGGUGUAGCAAAGUUAAGGUUGAACCUGCAUCAUUACCUAAACCAUGCCAAAAACAUAAGACACCUUCUUGUGGCUGUAACAAUUCUCCCGUUUAUGAAGACAGUGUUCCAGCUUCUUCAUAUCCCAUGCCUGAUGUUAAAUAUGUGUCAACAAAACCAAAAGAUGACUCUCCAGCAGCUGAUCCCAUUAGCAUUGGUUUGGCAAUGAAGGCAGGCAAAUCAAUUGGAGUGCCUGAAGCAAAACUUUCCUAUGGUUUCAUACAAAAACCUCUUGAUGGUCUUAAGAAAAUUUAUUUCUCCAGUGUUCCAGAAGAAAAUCUUUACAAACUUAAAAGCGAUGUUAUCACAUUAAAGAAACGUACACAAAAACCGUGCGCAGAAGAGUAUGAAGAAGAAAUGGUUGAAGAAGAGGAAGAGAACGAUGAAGAUGAAGAGCAACCACAUCUAACAUAUAAACAAUUAGGUUAUGCUGCAGAAGAAUUCAAAAAUCCUAAGUUCCGUAAAGUGUCUUCACGUUAUUAUGCCGAAAAUGAAGAGAAAGAAACACCAUAUAAAACAGAGGUCGAUUGUGGUUACAAGCCUGGGCGUGUUGCUUCCUACCGCAAGACGAAAACUCGUGGCGAUAUCAAUGAUUACUAUGGACGCACCUAUUAACUACAGUUCCAUUGACUUGAAUGCAGACAAUAAUUAUGAUUACUCCUUAACAUAAGCUAUGUUUUUUUAACUAAA